AUGGGCGGCGGUGGAGGUGGCAGCAGGGGCGUGAACGCCAUGCGGAUGUGUGGAGAGGACCAGAGGCUCCGCACUCCCGCGGUUCUGUAUAGCGAUUCUGGCAUGGCAACGAUUAUAUACAAAUUGGGACUGGUUAUACCAAGACGUGCACUGCAGGGCACCCGGCCACUGCCAUUUCCCUCCCCAGGGUAUCCGGGCCUGUACCCUCCUAAUUCAAGGUGCAGGUAUCUCAUAAUGAUGUCUAGUCCAGCAACGACGGGUACCAUCAAAUUCCUAGCCAUGGACCUUCCUCAAGAGAGAUGUGCCACCGAUUAUCUCGCCAUAUAUUCGGUGACCUCGACCUCGUCCCCUCUCAUCACGACGAUCUGCGGAGACGAUGCCAGAACCAUACAAUUUAAGGGCCCGAACGUCCUGGUCGAUUUCAGCACCGGGACCUUCCUCCCGCCCUACAAAUUCAGUGGUUUCCACGCGACGGUCGAUUUUGUGGACGUAUUAGGCAACCCGCAGGUACCACCGCCCACGCCGCCCCCGCCGCCCGACAGUACGCACAUCAUGAGUGAGUAUCGCGCUGGAGGGUCAUAG